AUGGCGCCCGCUCUUGGACCUGCCAGGCCGCCCAGCGAAGCAUCUAGCUCGCAGCAGGGACAGCCAAACGAGCUUGAUCGCCUUCUGGACGAGAUGAUGGUGGCUGAGGACGUGACCAGGGACGUAGAUGACUUCGAAAACUUCAUCCGCACCCAGCCGAUAAAGAUUGAGGGCUCUCCUCUCCUCUGGUGGUGUCUGAGGGAUCAGAUUCGGACAUAUCCGCGUCUCAGUCGCAUGGCCAUCGAUAUACUAUCUGUCCCCCCCGGUUCUGCUGAUCCCGAGUCGGCGUUUAGCGGAGGCAGACGUACAUUAUCAUGGGAUCGCGAAAGGAUGUCAUGUGCUAAUUUGGAGAAGGUUGAAUGUAUUGGCAACUGGCUGCGUGAAGGACUCAUUAUACCAUCAUCACGUGGCGGUAGAGGGCUCGUCUUGGACGGCGAAAUAAACGGCAGUGUUCGGGUUGAUUCAGAUGAUGAUCUAGAUUAG